AUGGCUUCAAGGGAUCCCGCUUCAAAUCAGCUCCUCGAUUACCAGAAGGCGACUCCGACACCCGAGCCUUUGACGACAGAAUCUGGCGCCUUUGUUGGAAACAAGUCAGCUUCGGCAUCAGUAGGACCACGAGGCCCUACCGUGCUGCAGGAUCAUGUGUACCUGGACGAGCAGGCUCACUUUGACCGGGAGAGGAUCCCAGAGAGAGUCGUGCAUGCCAAGGGUGCUGGGGCUUUUGGUGAAUUUGAGGUGACUAAUGACAUCAGCAAGUAUACAAAGGCUGACGUAUUCAAUGGGAUUGGCAAGAAGACUCCAGUGGCGGUCAGAUUCUCUACUGUUGGUGGUGAGAGCGGAUCCGCGGACUCAGUGAGGGACCCCCGUGGUUUUGCUGUCAAGUUCUACACCACCGAGGGCAACUAUGACCUUGUGGGAAACAACACUCCGAUUUUCUUCAUCCGGGACGCCAUUCUGUUUCCCGCCUUCAUUCACACCCAGAAGAGGAACCCUACUACCCAUCUGAAGGACCCUGACAUGUUCUGGGACUUUAUCUCCUUGAGACCAGAAACCACCCACCAGACCCUGUUCCUGUUCUCAGACCGAGGUAUCCCUGAUGGCUAUCGCUUCAUGAACGGCUACGGCAGCCACACGUUCAAGCUGGUCAACAAGAACGAUGAGGCUUUCUUCGUCAAGUUCCACUGGAAGACCGACCAAGGUAUCAAGAAUUUGCCAGUAGACGCUGCUGCAAAACUGGUGUCUACUGACCCUGACUACUCAAUCCGUGACCUCUACAACGCCAUCGCUCGCAAAGAAUACCCCAGCUGGACUCUCAACAUCCAGGUGAUGACUGAGGCUGAGGGAUAUGCGCUCAAGGAAUUCAAUCCAUUCGAUAUGACCAAGGUGUGGCCCCACGCUAAGUACCCUCUGAUUCCUGUAGGUAAGAUGACCUUGAACCGCAACCCAAAGAACUACUUCACAGAUGUGGAACAAGCGGCUUAUUCUCCCUCUCACUUCGUACCUGGCAUCGAAGCCAGCCCUGACCGGAUGUUGCAGGGCCGCCUGUUUGCCUACAAUGACACACAUCGCCAUCGUCUGGGAGCAAACUUCAUACAGAUCCCAGUCAACUGCCCUUACAGGUCAGCCAAGGUCAGAAACUACCUGCGAGAUGGCCCUGCAACUGUCGAUGACAACCAAGCCGGAGCACCCAACUACUUCCCCAACAGCUUCAAUGGUCCAGUGGACAACCCCAGGUACGUGGAGCACACAUUCCCGGCCAGCGGUGAUGUCAGGAGGCAUGAGGAUGACAACAGUGAUGACUUCUCCCAGCCGGCUAACUUCUACAAUAAGGUCCUGAAACCAGACGAGCGGAAAAGGCUGGCUGAGAACAUUGCUGGCAAUCUUUCAGCUACUCUGCCGCGCAUUCAAGAAGUCGCACUGGCAAACUUUAGGAAAGUUGAUGAGAAACUGUAUAACGACAUCAAGGAGAACCUGAAAC